AACAUGCCAAAAUGACAUUUUUGAAAUUUGACAGUCAGUACACAACAAAAUUGCUUUACAAUUUAGUGAAAAUAAUUCUUGAACCAGAAUUUAAAUCAAAAGCGGCUUCAAGGACUCCUUUAGUCCAGUUUUCUAAUAAACAAUAUUGCCCAGUACUGGGAAUUGGAACAUGGCUGGCAAAGCCCGAAGAAGUUGCCCAAGCGAUUAAGCAUGCCAUAGACGUCGGCUACAGGCACAUAGACUGCGCGUUUAUCUAUGGCAACGAGAAAGAAGUCGGAGAGGCUAUUACGGCUAAAAUUAGGGAUGGAACUGUUAAGAGGGAGGACCUGUUCAUUACCUCGAAGCUGUGGAACACCUUCCACCGUCCGGACCUGGUGAAGGGCGCGCUCCUCAAGUCGCUGGAGAACCUCAACAUCAAGUACUUGGACCUCUACCUGAUACACUGGCCUCAGGCUUAUAAGGAAGACGGCCCGCUCUAUGUAACCGGUGAUGGCACUGAGAUCCAGUUCUCGGAGGUGGACUACGUGGACACGUGGAAGGCGCUGGAGCCGCUGGUGGGCGAGGGCCUGGUCAGGAGCAUCGGCGUCUCCAACUUCAACAGCAAGCAGCUGGCGAGGCUGCUGCAAGUGGCUACCAUCAAGCCUGUUACUAACCAGGUCGAAUGCCACCCCUACCUGAACCAGCGUCGUCUCAAAGAUUUCUGCGAGUCACACGACAUUAAGAUCACAGCGUAUUCUCCGCUGGGCUCUCCAAAUAGACCCUGGGCCAAACCAGAUGACCCUCAGUUGAUGAAGGACCCCAAGUUGAAAGCAAUCGCUGAUAGAUUGGGGAAGACUGUCGCGCAAGUGUUGAUCAGGUACAAUAUUGACCGCGGCAACAUCGUGAUCCCGAAGUCCGUGACCAAGUCGCGCAUCGCGAGCAACUUCCAAGUGCUGGACUUCAAGCUGUCCCACGAGGAUAUGGCUCUCAUCGACUCCUUCGACUGCAACGGACGGCUUGUGCCUAUGACUGCUUCACUCGGUCACAAGUUCCAUCCGUUUGAAAACGACGAGUUUUAGUGUAUCGAGUGUCAAUCAGUUAUCUUAUAUGCAAAAUGUAAAGUAUGUUCUAUAAUAAAUAUUAUGUUACUCUGUUAAA